AAAAAUAUGAAAAAUUACACAUAAAUGGUUCGUAAAAGAAGUUUUGUAUUAUUGUCACUCCUAUUCUUCGUGUUAUUUAUAUUAACAACAAAUUAUUUAUUGAUAAUCUUGCCUUCGGGAAGUGAGGUUAGAAAACCGUUAACUGUAGAAGAAAAAAUUAAUUAUGAAUUAAGUAAGUUACCAGCAGAAUAUGCUAUUAAACCGCUAAUUGAAGAUACAACUGUGGACGUAUUUUUGGAAAAUUUUAAAAACAUAGUGAAAAUUGAACAAUUAGAUCUGAACCAUUUGUGGACAGAAUCUAAUUCAUGGGUGUUCAAAAGCCAACUCAUAAAUUUGACCAGUCCCAGUCUGGGGAAAUUAUUCGUUGCUUUGAAAAAAGCCAAAAUCAUCAGCGCUGAUGUAGACACUAGGGGCACACAGUUGAAAUUACUACUUACGUUAGAGGGAAACCAGCUUGUAGUUUUCAAACCGCAAUGGUACGAAAAAGAAAGAAUAAUAGAAGGGCCUGUAUAUGCAGGUAAAGAUCGUUACAGUUCUGAAAUAGUGGGUUUCUAUCUCUCGGUUAUUUUUAAAAAGCCUCUAACACCGAUGAGUGUAGCACGGCAACUUCAUUUAAAACGGGAAAUUAUACCAGUUGCCACACAGAGGCUCUCAGAUACGAUUUUUGCAAAGGACAAUAGGACCUGUUUUUAUGGGAAGUGUUAUUUUUGUAAAAAGGAAGACGCUGUUUGUUCCGAUGAAAAUUCGAUUUUAAAUGGUGCUGUGAUAUUUAACUUUAAAGCUCCUUUAAAUAAUUACAGAUCUCCAUGGCAGCGUACAUAUAAGAAAGGUAAAAAAGCCAUGUGGCAAGAAUACGGAGAAAAUUAUUGCAAGACUAUUAAAGAAAAAUUAUCCAAGAAAAGGAUAUAUGACCUAAUCGAUACCGCGAUUUUUGAUUUUUUAAUACAGAAUGGCGACAGGCACCACUAUGAAACUAUUGAUGACGCAGUAAUUUGGCUAGACAAUGGUAAAGGACUUGGAAAUCCAAAUGUGCAUCAUAUUGAUAUAUUGGCUCCAUUAUACCAGUGCUGCAUGCUGCGUAGAGAAACUUGGAAAAUAUUGUUGGGACUAACUGGUGGAAUAUUGCGUGAAAAAUUGGAAUCCAUGCCGGAUAUACAUAAUUUAAUAACAGAAGAUCACUUAAUUGCAAUCGAAAAACGACUUUUAAUCGUUUUCUCAACAAUUGAAUAUUGUAAACAUCAGAAACAAAUAGAGCAUUAUUUGUUGUACUUUUUUUUUAUUAAUUAG